AUGAAUGAUUAGAAACCGUAUUUAAUCUUGGAGCAUCCUCAUGCACAAAAUCCUGUCUUAAGUUUUAAACACAAAACCUUGUCUAACAAUGACAAAAUAUGGAUUUCUCAUAUUAAGAUUAAGAAUCCUGCUGAGAAUAAUCAGUAAUUGUGUAAUACAUGCAUCUUAGGAGUUUGGCAUUCAAGGUCAUGUCCACAGCUGCAGAACAAAUUAAAUCCUAUCCCUUCGUUGGAAUACUAAAGAUAGGUGAGAGCAAAACAAUCAAAUUGAUAACCAAGGAACCUAUUUUUGAUAGUAUGUGCUGUUUGUAAUUUUAGAGGCUGUUAAAGUCAGAAUAGUCUCAAUGAAUAUUGACAAGCCUCAGGAAAUAAAGGACUAAUACGAAAUAAUGGAUUAAUUUAAAUUGCUCAAGGAUUAGAUCAAAGACCUUCCCUCAAUCAUUCUCCAAGUAUCAGACUUUAUUCAAUCUGAAACAGUCUCUUAUGUAUUAUCUUCAAAGUACUAAUAGUGAUUUUGCAGAUUACUUUACCAAGCGACAGAAGAAUCCCCAUGUUUACUUCGCAUAUUUCAUAAAUCUAAAAUGGAGAAAGCACUCCUGCUUCGGCAGUUUUGAAAUCUAUGAUUAGUUAACGAAAACAGAAGGAUUCUAUGCAGAUAUCCUAGAACUUUCAAAUGGAAUAAACUAUAGUGAAUCUGUAGGAUCAACAAUAAGCCCUUAUAAAUGAGACCAGAGAAUUGAACAAACAGAUAGUUCUUUUUAAGGCAAAAUAGAACAUCCCAUUUGAAGAGGAGAAGGAUGAUCAAGUCAAAUUUACUAUGUUUCAAUUAAUUGUAAUAGCCUUCAUUAGUCUAUUGAUAGGGUUUUAUAUGCCCGAAUUUUGA